AUGCAUCUCUGCAUAAUAUUUAUACUCUGUGCGGUUGUGUACGGCAUUAGCCGUAAUUCAGAGCCAGACUUGAAAGCUAUUAACUUUUCUGAUAAGAUAACAGGACAGAAGCUGAACGAAGGCCUGAUAAGAGAAAUAGAAGUGGAUUCGGAAACUUCUUGUCAGUUUGAGUGUGUUGCUGAAGAGCGAUGUCAGUCUUACAACUUUAGAACCAUAAAGGGCGACUCAAAGCAAUUCAAGUGCCAACUAAGUGACUCUGAUCGAUUUAUUGGAUUUGCUAACUUUACUGAGGAUAAGGAUUUCAUUUACAGGGGGAUGAUGAGUGUUUGCGAGAAGGACAGGUUUCAAUGUGGCAAAAAGGGAAUCUGCAUUCCCAAUUAUGAAGAUGGCAGCACACGAUGCAAAUGUGCCGAUGGCUAUUCUGGAGAACCUUGCAAGGGGAAGAGCUGCUCACAGUUGUUUGAAGAUGGUUUCAAUACCAGUGGCGUAUACGCCAUUAAUCCGGAUGGCGGUAAACCGAUACAAGUGUUAUGUGAAAUGGCCACGGAAGCAGGAGGUUGGACCGUUUUUCAGAGACGUUGGGACGGCUCUGUUGACUUCUAUCUUGGAUGGGAAUCUUAUAAAAACGGGUUUGGAAAUCUGAACGGUGAGUUCUGGCUUGGAAACGACAAUCUUCGCCGCUUGACAGCUGCUGAUGAAGUCAUGUUGAGAGUUGACUUAGAAGACUUUGAUGGCAACGUCGCCUACGCCGAGUACACCACUUUUAAGGUAGCAGGCGAAGCUGAUAAGUACCGGCUUAUAAUUGGUGGAUACAAUGGCACGGCUGGUGACUCUAUGACACGACACAACAAUAUGAAGUUUUCUACGAAAAAACAAGACAAUGACAUAUCUAGUUCCAACUGCGCCCAAGUGUACAAGGGGGCCUGGUGGUACAGCAAAUGCCAUGCUUCCAAUUUAAACGGUUUAUAUCUCAAUGGCCGACAAAGCUCUUAUGCCAAUGGCGUCAACUGGUAUGCAUUCAGGGGCUAUUACUACUCUCUAAAACGCACCGAGAUGAAAAUAAAAACCAAGGAAUAGGACUGUUUCCAUCACAUGGUAACAAAUUGACAUAAUAUUAAUAUUGAUUAUGACGAUACCAAAGCC